AUUGCAACAGAGGGGGAGCACACACACACGCAUGCACAAACACUUCCUCUUCUUCUUAACCUGAAAGACUCCCCCCCCACCCAUUUUAAUGGGCUCAAAUACUUGCCGACAGUGAGAAGAGAGAGAGAGACACACACAAGUUCCAGAGACGCAGGACAUCUUCAGACCUCUGGAAAAACUACAGGAGACCUGCAGGAGCUGACAGGACUUUGAGGGCUAUCAUUUGGGAACUCAAGACAUGUCAUUUUGGGACUAACCAAGCUUUGCUUUUAAGAUUCAGUCCCACCUGAAUUUCCCUGUCAGACUGUCGAGUGUCAACAAUAACAGUUGCAGAUAUCUGCCCUGUCUGUCUCUCUGAAGACAUCACACCUGCCAGCAUGCACAUGGAGAAGACCGAGUGUGUGUCACUGUCUCCGCUGGGCCACCCGACCCCCUCUGAACGUGAGCUGGUGUGCAUCUUUGGGACGGGGGACCUGGGCCGUUCUCUGGGCCAACGUCUGCUCCAGGCAGGCUACAGGGUGGUGUUUGGUAGCAGGAGACCCCACAGCUGCGGCCCUCUGCCCCAAGGAGCACAGGUUAAGGGUCAUGCAGCAGCUGCCCAGUCAGCCCAGCUGGUCUUCAUAGCUGUCCACAGAGAACACUAUGACUUCCUGGAGUCUUUGGGAGAACAGCUAACGGGGAAGGUGUUGGUGGAUGUCAGUAACAACCAGAAGAAGGACCUAUACCCCGAGGCUAACGCUGAGUACCUGCAGAGACUGGUCCCUGGAGCUUCUGUGGUCAAAGGCUUUAACACCCUGUCUGCUUGGUCUCUGCAGAAUGGAUCCACGGACGCCAACAGACAGGUGUUAGUGUGUGGGGACAGUGCGGCGGCCAAGCAGGGCGUGGUGGAGCUAGCCACCAGGCUGGGCCUCAGCUCACUGGACCGGGGCUACCUUUCCUCAGCCAGGGAGCUGGAAGACAUCCCCCUGCAGCUGUUCCCUCAGUGGAGGCUUCCCCUGCGCCUGGCCAUCGGCUUCACCGCCUCCUUCUUCUUCUACCUGCUCACCAGAGAUGUCAUCUACACAUACGCCACCCAGGGCAAAGACGUCUCCUUCAGAAUCAUGGUCUCCCUGGCCAACAAGGUGUUCCCCAUCGUGUCUCUGAUCAUGCUGUCUCUGUGUUACCUGCCUGGUGUUCUGGCAGGGUUCCUACAGCUCUACAGAGGGACCAAAUACAGGCAAUUCCCUGAUUGGCUGGAUCACUGGAUGUUGUGCAGGAAGCAGCUGGGUCUGCUGGCAUUGUGCUUUGCCUUCCUGCAUGCCAUUUAUACCCUGAUCAUACCCAUUCGGUAUUAUGUGAGAUUCUGGAUUGGUGCAAAUAUUGUCACCCAGUUAAAGGAGAACAGGACAAGUGAGUUUGACACUACUGUGGCAUGGCGUUCUGACUCCUACUACUCCCUUGGAAUUCUGGGACUUGGCCUGUUCGUGUUGUUAGGGAUAACAUCCCUCCCAUCAGUUAGCAACGCCCUCAGCUGGAGAGAGUUCAGCUUCAUACAGUCCAAGUUGGGCCACCUGACCUUGCUGCUCUGCACAGCCCACACCUACCUGUAUGGCUGGGACAGGUUCCUGCGUUCCUCCUCCUACAGGUGGUGGACCCCUCCAGGCUACAUGCUGUGUCUGGUGCUGCCCACCAUGGUGCUGUUGCUCAAGUUGCUGCUCAUCAGCCCCUGUGUGGAGCGCAGCCUCAGUCGCAUAAGGCAGGGCUGGGAGAGGCGGCAGUCUGGGGGGCCGGCAGGGGCCGUAGGGAAGCCCCUGUUGCUUUAGAAGACCCCCACGCACAGAUGGUCACACAGCUCUUACUGCAUGCACACAAGUCUGUCUUGGUGGUUUUGGCUGAUAGCUCUAAGAGUUGUCAGGUCAAAGACUCAGAUCUGCUGCUGAGUGUGCUGUACUGUAUAUUGGGAAAUAAUUUCCUCUUUUGUCUUCAAAAGGAAACACAUUUGAACUUUGAAAUUUAAGCAGCUCCAAAAUGUACUGAUCAUUUGACAAUGCAAAUAUUGCUAAACCAAGUCAAUUCUAAAAAGCCCCUAACUAAUUUCACCUUGGGUCACACAGAACACAGCAGCGGCAAAUAUUUUAUUUUUCUUUGUUGAAAGCAUGCUUGAACUUAUAUUACCCAUCCGCCUUCCGGUCUGUCUCAGCACUUAUCAAAGUGAAUCACACCAUAUCUCUUUUCAUUUUAUAAUUUGCUUUUUAAAAUGUUCUUGAAAUAAACAGUAUUGAAGACAA